AUGUCUUCACGGUUUUCUAUUCCUCAAAUCUUCAUGAUUGUCAAAUUACUUUUGUUGAAAUUUGUCAUGUUCAUGGGACUACUGUUAUUCCAAGGGAGCCGGAUCGCUAUGCUUCAGGAAAGGCUCCGUAUUCUCGUUGUCGGUAGCGGCGGCCGUGAGCAUGCCCUAGCAUGGAGACUUAGCAAAUCUUCUCUCGUUGAAUCUGUGUUUUGUGCGCCUGGAAAUGGCGGGACGGAGGCACAGGAGGCAUCCAAAAUAUCAAAUAUUGGUAUUACGUCUGAUGAUUACCCCGCUUUAGUCUCUUUUGCACAGAAGGAGAAUGUGAACCUGGUCGUACCAGGACCGGAAGCUCCUUUAGUAGAUGGGAUUCAGGGGUAUUUUCAAGCAGUUGGAAUAAGAUGCUUUGGUCCAUCUAAAGCUGCCGCUCAAAUGGAGGGCUCCAAGGCGUUUUCUAAAGAUUUCAUGAAGCGCCAUAAUAUACCAACUGCCCAGUACGAAAACUUCAACAACUAUGAGGCUGCAUGCAAGUACCUCAAUUCCAUCGAACAUAAUGUUGUCAUUAAAGCUAGCGGGCUUGCUGCUGGUAAGGGUGUCAUCAUGCCUCAAAACAAAGAGGAAGCACUUCAAGCCGUCAAAGAGAUGAUGCUGGAUCACCAAUUUGGCGAAGCAGGGGAUGAAAUUGUUAUAGAAGAAUUUUUAGAAGGAGAUGAGUUGAGCAUAUUGAGUUUCUCAGAUGGGUAUACUAUACGGUCUCUUCCUCCAGCACAAGAUCACAAAAGGAUCUUGGAUGGCGACCAGGGCCCAAACACUGGAGGAAUGGGGUGUUAUGCUCCAACACGUAUUGCUUCGAAAGAGGUUAUGGCUGAAAUCGAUAAGACCAUCGUACAGCCUAGUGUUGAUGGGAUGAGAAGGGAAGGCAUACCAUUCGUUGGCAUUUUAUUUACAGGAUUAAUGAUGACGAAGAAUGGCCCAAAGGUUUUGGAAUAUAACGUCCGCGGUGGCGACCCUGAGACACAGACAUUACUGCCUUUGCUCAGUGAUGAUACAGACCUUGCAGAAAUUAUGGUCGCUUGUACGGAGCAUUGGUUAGAUGGUGUGAAUAUCAAGGUGGAACCUCGAUUUGCAGCCACUGUUAUCGCCGUGGCUGAAGGUUAUCCGGGGCCAUAUGCUAAGGGCGUCGGUAUCACACUUGACACGCCCGCCCCAGAUACUCUAAUUUUCCACGCUGGUACGAAGAUCGUUCAAAACCAUUUGCAAUCGGCGGGCGGCCGAGUGAUUGCAGCGACCGCAACGGCCGAUACACUGGAAGAUGCAGUUAAAAAAGCCUACUCUGGAAUAUCGACGAUUCAUUUUCAGGGCAUGCACUAUCGUAAAGAUAUUGCCCAUCGUGCGUUCAGAAAACCCACGCAGGUGGAAGGCCUUACAUAUGCGGCCGCGGGGGUAUCUAUCGAUGCCGGGAAUGCACUUGUCAACCGUAUCAAAGCAAGCGUCGCGCGAACAAAAAGGCCGGGAUCGGAUGCUGUAAUUGGUGGAUUUGGAGGGGCCUUUUCACUUGCUGCGUCCAAUUCUGGCUUCCAUAGUGCGUCACCUACUUUGAUUGGCGCUAUCGACGGCGUUGGAACAAAACUCAAGGUAGCACACGAGAUGGGAAUCCACAACACUGUUGGCAUUGAUCUCGUUGCGAUGAAUGUCAAUGAUCUGGUCGUUCAGGGCGCUGAGCCGCUCCUCUUCCUAGAUUGCUAUAGCUGCGGAAAACUAGAUGUCGAUACCGCUGCCGCAUUUGUUUCCGGCGUUGCUGAUGGCUGUGUCGAGUCAGGGUGUGCUCUUGUGGGUGGAGAAACUGCCGAGAUGCCUGGUCUCUUUAUCGACGGUGCUUAUGAUGCUGUGGGUGCUGCUAUUGGGGCUAUCGACGCGAACACCCACCCUAUCCUGCCACUUACUGAUCAAAUGAAGCCCGGUGACAUUCUACUCGGCCUUUCUAGUAGUGGUCCACAUUCCAAUGGUUAUUCAUUAGUUCGAAAAAUCGUUGAACAAUCAGGGUUAUCCUAUCAUGACCCUCCGCCAUUCCACACGUCCGCUGCAUCUUUGGGAGCUGCUCUUCUAACACCUACCAGAAUUUAUGUCAAACCCCUUCUAUCGGCUCUCGCAACAUUCAAUACCGGUACCAUUAACAUUAAAGGACUUGCGCACAUCACGGGUGGGGGCUUGGUCGAAAACGUUCCUCGCGCUCUCCCCAGAAAUCUGUGUGCUGAGAUUGACGUGGCUACGUGGCCACUGCCCAGUGUUUUCAGAUGGCUGAAACAGUCAGGCAAUGUCAGCGCCGUGGAAAUGGGACGGGCGCUCAACAACGGCAUUGGAAUGGUCAUGGUUGUUUCUGAAGAUAAAGCGGAGGAUAUCAAAAUUCAUUUGGAGCAGCAGGGUGAGACAGUUUUUGUUAUUGGGUCUCUUACCGAGAAAGGAAACGAGAGCAAUGAGGGAUGCGUGUUAAAGAACAUGAGCACAUGGGAGUAG